UUUACCCAAAAACGUCACGAGCCUAGCAACUCCGCUCGUCGGCGUGGUGGUGGCAAGGUGGUGGUAAUCCCUGCAGCUCCUUUCCUCGGCUGUUGCGGGUUGCUAUGCCGUUUGCCAACAAAUGGCAACUAUCCUAACACACCUCUUCCUUGUACACCGGUAAUCGUACUCCUCCGUGCCCAUGCAGCGUCGUUCUAGCCACGCCAUGGCCCUUGUGAUUGUGGGCGUCGCCGCGGGCUUCAUCUCCGUAGCCAGCGCGGAUGCUCCCUUGCAGUUGGACGGUUCAGUGAGGACUGAUGAACUUGGCCAGCGUUGCCGGAACGAUCGACACUGCUUUGAGCACAGCAUCAGACAUGUGAUUUGUGUGGAUAGUCGAUGCGUCUGUCAAGACGGGUACAAACCUGCCGUUGUAGAUGAUUGGGUUGAAUGCAAGCUUGAGACCUUGAUAGGUGACAGCUGCUCUUCGGCAAAGCCCUGUUCGCGCUAUUCACGAGCAGUGUGCCUCAAUGGAACGUGCAUGUGCAAGGAUGACACAUACUUUGCUGAUGACCAUUGUGAGAAGUUUACCUCGUUUGAAAAGCAAGGAGGGGAGAGCUUCCAUACUACGUCCAAGUUCAACGUCCUAGCUAUCCUCAUGAUUGUUGCCAUUUUAGUCGUCGCACUACUGUUCCUCGUGAACCAGAGGAACAUGUUCUUUUAUUUCCCAUGCUGCAUGAGAGAUUCCACGCUUGCCGCUCUGCAACGAACAGCUGCAGUUGCCAUUCCUACAGACCAGCCCAUUGCUCCGAGCAAUAUUCAUGGUAUCCACACCUCAAACUCUCAAGGCUCAUUGAACAUAUACCAGAUGCAGCAAGACAAGCCGCCAUCUUAUGCAGAUACAGUGCUCAAUGUGCAAUACCUCCCGUCGUACCAAGAAGCAGCAGCAUCCCCUCCUGUCCCUAAGCCAUCGUGAAUCAAUCCUCGGUGCAAUGCGGUCAAACCUCUCCCAGCAGUCCCCAUAUCUGCAGUGGAAUCCCUCCCACACCAGAGACUCGGAAGUCAAUGAAGAACGAAGGCAUGCACAAACACCACAGCUGACGCAGAACUUGUUCUGCUUGUUCCAGUGCAAAGCCUUCUCCAGAAGCUGUGGCUCCACGUCCCCUCAAAUCUCCUGAAAGGCGCUAGUCAUAGGCGUGUACGCGUACACAGCUGUCUAGCUAGCUGCAGCUGUUUUCCCUAACCCAGUGAUGUGCUUCGUGCAAGUUUGUGUACACAAAUUGUACAUGGCAUAAGCUUUCUGUAGUCCUCUGUGGAAAGCUGUUUACCCAAGUGGAAGUAUGCAAACAUUCAGUAGUUUAUUGUGAGAAGCUGUCUAGCCAAGUUAAAGCAUUCUGUAGUUAUUUGUUGAAAACUGUGUACCUGUGUUAAACUACGCAAGCUUAUCGGAGUUGUUCCUACAGCUCUUAGUUAUUGUUUUCCUGUUCGGCAUCCUGUUCACUUGUGUGAUGAGACAAAGUAUUCCAGAUGCAUAAUGUCAUGAAGCCUACUAACUAGCUUGCUACCGAGCAAGUGAAACACUUUUCUCCUCCCCUUUUCCUUUUCAAGGCACGUGUUGUAUGGAUCUUUCAUUUGUUUGUUGAGCACCCAGAGUGGCAGCAAAGAAAUGCCUGUCGUACUGUCACUGUUAUGUCUAUGAAUGUUUACUUGUACAGUCAUACCCUUCUGACAAAAAAAGAAAAGAAGAAAUGCAUGUUUGCUAAUGCAUGUGAUAAGAGUGCAAGUGGGACUUAAUAUGUAGUCACGUUAAACGAAGCAUGGCCGACUACCUUAAAUUUUGCCCUUAGCAACUCUCGGUCUUGACUUAACAGAUUUGCAUCUCAUAGAUCCCAUGGAGUUAAAUGCCAUGGAGUUGCUGAACCUUGUGAUAACCACGCUGUGCGAAUGUGUUUCUCUGCUUGCUGUUUUUCAAGCUAUAGCACCAAGCAGUCGAAUAGCAGUUGCUAUCGGUGAUUGGGACGUGCGUCUAUUAUAGAUACUAUAAAUGGUGAUGAUGAUUGUACAAGUGUCUCACUCCAGUAUUGGAGCUAGUGUCGCCCUUAGAGAGAUUGCAACUUAGUUUUGCUACACCAUGUACAAUGUGUGUGUGCGUGUUGGAACUUUUUUUUUCUUUCUCGCUGCUGUUCACAAAGCGGAAUAUUGAAAACACCUCUUGGCAGGUGUCAUCACAGUACACUUCUAUGCAAAUAUAUCUAGCUGCGCUAAAUGUAGCCGCACCUGUAAUAACUAGCAACCCAAUGCAGAAGCAAAUGAAAAGAGUAUAUAGAAAUAUAUACACACACAUAUAUAUAUAUAUAUGUAUUAAAUGUAGCACUGUUUUCUAGCUACAUACCCACACUUGAGUGCUCUUAGCAUUUCUACUUGAAGUAUUACCCUGCAGUGUAUUAUGCUACAUACACGUAAGUUGUGUUAGCCUCUAUGCCUGCCCAGUAAUGCAUAGUAUUUUUUAAAUGAAGCGUUUCUCACAGUGAACAUUGUUCCCAGCAUGCCGCAAGGUCGUUUAGUGCAUUGUUGAUAGUGGUACUGUACUACAAGUGGUCACCAAGCUUUGUCAGCGAUGUCCUAUUCAUCUACGACGUUGUGUGUUCGCUUCCAAGCAUUAUGCUGCUUGAAGUUCUCAUCUGUGACCAGCACUGCUUUGCAGGCCCGAUAUCACGUCACAGGCUAUGGCGUUCCAACUGUUGUGCACGAUUGAGCCAUCUUCUCAUAGUGUUAGUGUCAUGUCGUUCUCAAAAGUGAAUCUGAUGCCUGUUUUACUGUCAGUGCCAUCGUAAGAUUUGAAAAUCUUGCUAAAAUAUCACCUUCCCUCUGGAGGGGAAAAAAAGAAAGAAAAGCUCAUGUGAAAGUAGUGUUCAGGUCAUGCUAGUGGUGAUAUUGUGGUCACUCUUGCGAAUGGCAUGACAUGCUUCUGCUACGCAAACCUUGUCAUGAUGUGAAUGCCGACCAAUUUAUUUUUUGCAUGCAAUUUUUGCGAGCUCUUUUUGAGCUGGAAAGCACAGUCUGUGCUGGAGGCAAUGUCUAGCUACCUCUCGAGAUCUGCAAAAUGAUGAGCAACCAUCAUUGCAAAAGAGAUUUCAUUUUGGCUUGUACCUUAUAUUUAAUUGAGUACUUUAUUUGUAUCUACAGAAUUUUUUUUUCAUUGUUGUUUGUUAUUGUUGUCUCUGUCAUCUUCUCCAGACUGUGUUUGUUAAUUUAUACUUUAUCUUACUCCGAGUGCGACUGUUUUUUGCACCACUCGCAAAUAAUGAGUAUACAUGUCCACAAAUUCCUUGUGUGCAAGCCUUGUCGUGACAAAUCGUGCAGCUAAUUCUUGAUAGUUUAAACUUACUUUGAUUGUGCACACUUUUUUUUUCUCGUUUGUGGUCACAGACAUGCUUGCAAGGAGUUGUAGUUUGGAAUAAACUGUUCCAAUUUGUUGAA